AUGCGAAUAUACUUGCUAACAACUAAACGAAGAGGACCAUGCCAAAUUAGUUUCGACUCGACUCGUAUGCUGACAUCAAUGCAACAAGAAUCGUACAAAAAUCAUAAAAUUGGUCUACCUCUGGAAUCGUCGCAUCACAAACCGAUCAAAGUACAACAUCCCCAUCAGCCUCUGAAUACACAAAAUACGCAUCAUGUGAAAAUUGCUGCCCCUCAACAACUCUCGAGCAAUCAGACAGUUCACGAAAAUCAACUAAUUUCAUAUACAGCAUCCAACACUCAACAUCUAACUUGGAAUUCGAACUUGCCACGUACUCAUAUGAGCUCGUCGAUAAAUGGAAAAGGUUAUCAGCCAACUACGGAAUUUGUCCAAACACCAGCCCCAAUGAUGUUCAACAAACGCGACGCAAAUAGUUCUACGAUGCGGUUGUACCAAAAUCACGAUGCACAGAAAAAAAUCACAAAUCACUGGUCGAUGGUGUGGAGUGAGCAAUUGCUGGAAGAAUUCAUUAAAAUUCCGCCGAAAAAAAAUUCCGCCGAAAAAAUGGCAAAAUUUGUUUCCGAGUUCAGGGUAAAGCACCACAUUGUGACUGGACAAGACAAAGUCCUCGGGCUGUUCAAAAAACACAUUCAAGACGUGUUAAGUGGUGAUGAAGUCUCAGUGGGAAUGAAAGUCGGAAUUCUGAACAAAUGGAGAACCGCAGUUACCCCAAAUGUUCGCACGCUUUCGCUUCAUUCCAAUUCUGCUGACCUCCCAAGUCUCGACUCGAAUCAUAUGCAGGUGUCAAGAUCCAACGAGUUCUGCCCGUCCCGCAACGUCCCAGUUGCAAAAAUGUCGUCGUUGCAAAGCUUCCAACAGAAACAUCAUCCCAUUUUGGAUAACACACGUCCAGGAUACAUACCGGAUCUAGACAAUCCGGAGCUUUUUGCGGAUUCGCUGUUAACUGACGAUACACGGAUAGUCUAUGUGAAAAUAUCAGAUGAAUCAACUGGAGGACAUGAAACCGACGGUUAUGAGAAGAGAUAUGCCGUAAAGAAUGGAAACAAGUGCAACCAAGAGUUUAUAUCGGACGAUUACCAAUCACCACAGCAAGUUCACGAAUCGUAUGGAAUUCAAGAAGAGUCAAUAAGCCCAAAUUUCAAUGGUGCUACCACCCCAAACGGACCUCAUUGCAGUUUUUCAUUAUCUGGAGAUCCCACUGUAUAUGAAUGGUUUCCAACGCCAGGAACGGAUUCGUCACCACUUACCACUCCACGAUGUGAAGCGUAUAAUCCAACAAGUUCAUACGCAAAUUCGCUUACUGAUUCCUACUCAAGCCAAUUUGCAUCCUUGGUUGAUCAAUUUUCGCCAGGCGAAUUGGGUUUUGAAAGUGUCGACAUUGAAAUCAAACCAAACGACUAUCAAAACGUCUCACACGAAUAUGACCAAGAUUUAAUUGUUGAUUAG